AUGGGCAUGGGCAUGGGCAUGAUCAUCACGGUCAUCACGGUCAUCACGGCCAUCACGGUCAUCACGGCCAUCAUGGUCAUCACGGUCAUCACGGUCACCAUCAACACGGUCAACACGGUCAACACGGUCAUCACGGUCACCAUCAACACGGUCAACACGGUCAUCACGGUCACCAUCAACACGGUCAACACGGUCAUCACGGUCACCAUCAACACGGUCAUCACGGUCAUCACGGUCACCAUCAACACGGUCACCACCAUCAUUGCGCUCAGAGUGAUCACAGCCAUCUCCAACGAGGACAUCAUCAACAUGAUGCUCAUCACGGCCACUGCCCGCGACUAUCUCUGCAGCGACGCCACACUACGCCGACCGCCCUGA